GUCAUGAAACCUGGGAAAGUGGUGCUGGUCCUGGCUGGCUGGUACUCUAGAUGCAAAGCCGUCACCAUGAAGAAUAUUGAUAACAGCACCUCAGGCCACCCUUACAGCCGUGCCCUGGUGGCUGGAAUUGACUGCUAUCCCCGAAAAGUGACAGCUGCCGUAGGCAAGAAGAAGAUCGCCAAGAGAUCAAAGAUCAAGUCCUCUGUGAAAGUUUGUAACUCCAAUCACCUCAUGCCCACCAGGCACUCUGUGGAUAUCCCCUUGGACAAGACUGUUAUCAACAAGGAUGUCUUUAGAGACCCAGCCCUGAAAUGCAAGGUCAGGCGAGAGGCCAAGGUCAAGUUUGAGGAAUGCUACAAGACAGGGAAGAACAAAUGUUUUUUCCAGAAGCUUUGCUUUUAG